UUGUAGAGAUGAUCAAAACUAAAAAAUUAGCAGGAAGAGCAAUACUCUUGGCUGGUCCCCCAGGAACAGGAAAGACUGCUUUAGCUCUUGCUAUUGCUCAAGACCUUGGACCAAAAGUGCCCUUCUGUCCAAUGGUUGGCAGUGAAGUGUAYUCUUCUGAAAUAAAAAAGACAGAAGUUCUUAUGGAGAACUUUAGAAGAGCCAUUGGUCUYAGGAUCAAGGAAACCAAGGAGGUGUACGAAGGGGAGGUUACAGAGUUAACACCUUGUGAGACAGARAAUCCCAUGGGAGGUUAUGGAAAGACUGUCAGCCAUGUCGUCAUAGGACUAAAAACUGCAAAAGGAACUAAACAACUUAAGUUAGAUCCCUCGAUAUAUGAAAGCUUACAGAAGGAAAAGGUUGAGGUUGGAGACGUGAUAUACAUAGAAUCCAACAGUGGUGCAGUUAAGAGACAAGGUCGUUCAGAUACGUUUGCGACUGAGUUUGAYCUAGAAGCUGAAGAGUAUGUCCCUCUACCAAAAGGAGAUGUACACAAGAAAAAAGAGAUUGUACAAGAUGUUACACUACAUGAUUUGGAUAUUGCUAAUGCCAAACCACAGGGUGGACAGGAUAUCAUGUCAAUGAUGGGUCAGCUGAUGAAGCCAAAGAAGACUGAAAUUACUGAUAAGUUAAGAAAAGAAAUUAAUAAGGUUGUAAACAAAUACAUAGAUCAAGGAGUAGCAGAACUUGUGCCUGGUGUACUAUUUGUUGAUGAGGUGCAUAUGUUGGAUAUUGAGUGUUUUACCUACCUUCACCGUGCACUUGAAUCUACCAUCUCUCCUAUUGUUAUCUUUGCUACCAAUCGUGGUAGCUGUACUAUCAGAGGUACAGAUGUGGUGGCUCCCCAUGGUAUCCCACUAGAUCUACUAGACCGUGUAUUAAUAGUACGAACACUACCAUACUCCCAAGAAGAGAUGGUCCAGAUCAUCAARAUACGUGCACAAACUGAAGGUAUACAGUUGGACGAAGAAUCCUUGGAACUGUUGGGAGAGACUGGAACAAAGACUACACUAAGAUAUGCUGUACAGUUGUUAACACCAUCUAAUGUCUUGGCACGAAUCAACGGUCGUGAUUGCAUCAGUAAACAAGAUGUGGAAGAGAUAAACGAAUUGUUCUAUGAUGCCAAAUCGUCUGCUAAACUGCUAGCAGAGAAAGGCGACAAGUACAUGCAGUAAAAACUAGACUUUCCCCUCCCCCCUUAGUAGAUCAAUCACUUCUCACCAGGCCUCUCCCUACUCCCUCGAGUGCCGAAGACAGUGACCGGAAGAAGAAUCUAUUCAUAGGCUAAUAUGUUCUGACGGUGUUUAGUGAAUCUUAAUAUUUAAUCAUGGUGUGCUAACGUAAUGCUGUAGAGCAGUUUUCGUAUGACUGUGAAAAGCUUGGUGUCGUAUACGUGUCUUGCCGAGACCGUGAUUUUUUCUAGAAUUUUCAGUUUGUAUGAUUUUUUUUCUCGCUCUCGUUCAUUCCGUGUUUCGGGCAAUUUGAUUGGAUGGAGAGUAAUUUCGCGCGCAACGUGAUUGGUCCGGCGUAUGCUUUGCCUUGUCACGGCCGUGUACGUGCUGCCAAUUUUUUAAUAGUUAUACGAAAACUGCUCUAGUUUAUUUCAUUCAAAUCGACGGGUUUAUCCCAGGCCACUUAAAAGCCAUCAGUACUCCUCAGACGAAGGUGGCUUACACUCCCACUAAGUUGUUAUCAAUAACUUUUGCAUUUUUCUUAAUCUGAAGUGUGUCUAGAUUAUUUUUAUGUGUGGCCGGUUAAGGCGUCUGUCCAGCUAUUGCUAAUUUAAUAAACAUUGUACUGUUUAUCAUGGAUAUUAUUAAACUCGCUGUUUUUGAA